AUGUUUGGACAUGUAGGCUUGCAAGGGCACUCUUGUAAGAAUUGCAACCACCAUUAUGGCAAGGGGUACUUUUGUGCGGAUGAUGGCGCUUCUGGUUCUUCCAAGUUGGCCCGUAGAAUAUCCAAGAUCCAGCCAAUUGUGGACAAGACUUUGGCCACAGAGGCUGGUGCUGCUGUUCUUAUGGCCAAGAGCAAGGAAGUUAGUGAUACUUCUAUUGUGUCUUCCGUUGAUGCUCCUGUUGUUGAUGAAGUAGGGUCUGGCACUGACACUGAUUCAUCUUCCAUGGAACAGACUAGGAAUAUUGGUACCGAGAACCUGUGUAGUCGCGCUCAAGCUUCGCUUGUAGACGGCAUGGACGAUGUGUCUGUUGCUGAUGCUGAAUCAAUGCAAAAUAUGGCUGCUCAAGAACGUAAGUUGGAUGCAUUACUGAUUUAG